GGGCAGAGGGAUCUUAUUUUGAAGGCGUGGACCGGAAGUGCCAACCCUGGUCGGAGCUAGUUUGACAUUGUGUUGACUUCUGCACCCAAACAAGUCUCUCUGUCACAUCCCUCCUCACGUCUGUCCGCAGACGAUCACGACGUCGGGACUUGUCUGAUCCGGUGAGUUGUGCACGUUUCCAGGCCUAGCCCUUCUGAGGACGGCUAACAGCAGCUAGCCUCCUGGUAGCCCGGGCUAGCUGCGGCUAAAGCUAGCCGUGCUAGUGCAGAUCCUCCACACGUGACCUGUGUAUGUGAGCGAGGGACGCUUGUUUGUGAUUGCAGAGAGCACAGCGAUGGGCAGCUGUGUGCGGAGCUCCAGGGCUCUGUCCCCCGCUCUGCUCCCCAGGCUGCUGCUUCCUCCGACGGGGUACAGGUCGGCCGGCAGGUCGGCCGGCAGGGGACUCUCGACCUCCCCGCAGUCCCGGGCUGUCAGCGGAGACUCCCAGCCGCUCCCCCUGCCCGGACAGGCCCGUGUGGUGAUCUGUGGAGGGGGUAUCGUGGGGUCAUCAGUAGCCUUCCACCUUGCCAAAAUGGGCUGGACUGAUAUAGUGCUGCUGGAGCAGGGCAGGCUUGGUGCAGGAACAACCAGACUGUGUGCGGGCAUUGUCAGCGUGGCCAAGCCUAUUUCCAUCGAGUGUCAAAUGGCAAACUACUCCAAUAGUCUUUAUCAGAAGCUGGAGGAGGAGACCGGAGUCAAAACAGGUUAUGUGAAGACCGGGUCUCUUUGUCUGGCCCAAAAUCAAGAUCGCUUCCUCUCUCUGAAGCGCCUGGCGUCCCGACUAAAGGUAAUGGGGAUCAGCUGUAACAUCAUUAAGCCUAAAGAGGUGGCCAAACUCCACCCUCUUGUUAACAUCCAUGAUCUGGUGGGGGCGCUCCACCUCCCUGCAGACGCUGUGGUGUCUUCACCUGACAUUAACCGCGCCCUCGCUGUGGCUGCAGCUGGACAAGGGGUUCAGAUCCUGGAUAGAACCACGGUUCAGCAGGUGCUGGUAGAGAAGGGUCAAGUGACGGCGGUGGAGACUGAUCGUGGCUCCAUUGAGUGUGAAUAUUUUGUCAACUGUGCUGGACAGUGGGCUUACGAGCUGGGCCAGGCAAGUGAGACGAAGGUGUCGGUUCCUCUUCAUGGCUGUGAACACUUCUACCUCCUCACCAAACCUCUCCAGGAGCCACUUUCACCCAGCACGCCAGUUGUGAUCGAUAUGGACGGCCGGAUAUAUGCACGGCCAUGGCAGGGCGGCCUUCUGUCGGGGGGCUUUGAGAAGAACCCCAAACCCAUCUUCACUGAGGGCCGCAACCAGCUGGAGAUCCAGAACAUGCAGGAGGACUGGGACCACUUUGAGCCGAUGCUCAGUGCCUUGCUGAGGAGAAUGCCUGGUCUUGAAUCAGCUGAGAUCCACCAGCUGGUCAACUGUCCGGAGUCCUUCACCCCCGAUAUGCGCUGCCUGAUGGGGGAGACGCCGGGUGUCUCUGGCUACUACGUGCUGGCAGGGAUGAACUCCUCUGGCCUGGCCUUUGCUGGAGGAGCUGGCAAGUACCUGGCGGAGUGGAUGACCUACGGCUACCCCACCGCCAAUGUCUGGCCACUGGACAUCAAACGCUUUGGCAACCUGCAGAGCAGCCGAACAUUCCUGCGACACAGAGUAAUGGAGGUCAUGCCCCUGCUGUACGAACUGAAGGUUCCGCGCUGGGACUUUCAGACUGGUCGUCAGCUGCGGACCAGCCCUCUGUAUGACCGUCUGGACACCCAGGGAGCUCGCUGGAUGGAGAAACACGGUUUUGAAAGGCCCAAAUACUUUGUUCCUCCAGGAAAAGAUUUGCUGUCUCUGGACCAGAGUAAGACUUUCUACAAGCCGGACUGGUUUGACAUUGUUGGAGCAGAAGUGAAAUGCUGCAAAGAGGCUGUCUGCGUCAUCGACAUGUCCUCCUUCACCAAGUUUGAACUGACUUCAACGAAUAGCCAGGCCCUGGACCUGCUGCAACAUCUGUGUGCCAACGACCUGGAUGUCCCCGUUGGACAUAUCGUCCACACCGGCAUGCUGAACGAGAGGGGAGGCUAUGAGAACGACUGCAGCGUCGCCCGCGUCAGCAAGAACAGCUACUUCAUCGUCUCUCCGACAGACCAGCAGGUCCACUGUUGGUCCUGGAUUAAGAAACACAUGCCCAAUGACCCACACCUCCACCUGGAGGAUGUCAGCUGGAAGUACACGGCUUUAAAUCUGAUUGGACCUCGUGCAAUGGAUGUUCUGGCUGAGCUGUCAUAUGUUGCCAUGACACCUGACCAUUUCCCCUCCAUGUUCUGUAAGGAGAUGAGUGUUGGCUAUGCCAAUGGGAUCAGAGUGAUGAGUAUGACUCACACUGGAGAGCCAGGGUUCAUGCUCUACAUACCCAUUGAGUAUGCACUGCAUGUGUACAACGAGGUGAUGUCUGUGGGUCAGAAGUAUGGCAUCCGUAACUCAGGGUAUUACGCACUGCGCAGCCUCCGCAUCGAGAAAUUCUUUGCCUUCUGGGGUCAGGACCUCGACGCCUUCACCACCCCGCUGCAGUGUGGACGAGAGUUCAGGGUUAAAUUUGACAAGGACACAGAUUUCCUCGGUCGGGAGGCCUUGCUCCAGCAGCGCCAGGAGGGCGUGACUCGGCGAUUCGUCAUGCUGGUCCUAGAGGACCACGACACCGAGCUGGACCUGUGGCCGUGGUGGGGCGAGCCCAUCUACCGCAACGGCCUACUGGCCGGGACGACCACCAGCAGCGCCUACAGCUACACUCUGGAGCGCCACGUCUGCCUCGGCUUUGUGUCUCCGCCGCCGGGCCCAGAGGGGCUGCCCACGCCCAUCACCCCGGACUUCAUCAACCGCGGGGACUACGAGGUGGACAUUGCCGGCCAGCGCUACCCAGCCAAAGCCAAACUGUACCCCUUCAGCUCGCUCUUCACCCAGCAGAAACGCCGCAAGGAGGACUUGGAGUUCAGCAACCUCCAGGGGAAGUGAUUCCAGAGUAAUGGAAGGCCCCGCUCCUGUGACACUCCUCCAGUCCUUCGUCUACUCCUGUACUUACCUGGUAGUGCCAACCGAUCGCCCCUCCUCUGGCUCCUGAUCCGGGGGCCGUAUACACAAUCACACCUUGUCUCUCUAGUAUCUUACCCCCACGCUGCACCUCCCUUUUUCUAAAGUGCAAUAUUUAAGAGGCACCAAAUGCUUGAGCUGUAUGAAAUUCAGCAAUGCAACAAUACUCAUGUUGUCGUCAAAUUCUGCAGUUGUUCCUCAGCCCCUGCCAUGCCUUCACACUCAAACACGUUCCACGGUUUACUGGGACAGUCUGCGCCGGCUAAGUGCCUUUGUCAAGGCAUCAUCAACAAUAUUUGUUGAGGACACUUUGUUCACUUUAACCCAUCGAGAGGGAAUUUAGACAGACAUCCGUGUCCAGCAGUGUUUCGACACCGCACAGUCUGGACGAGUCUGAAAGAAAUGUCAUUCGAUGCUGACGUGCAAAUGCCUACAUGUUCAAUGCAGUUGUUGACUCUAUUGUCAGUUUACAAGUUGUAAAUUUGCUGCUGUAAAGGAUACGAUGUUAUGUGAUGUAGAGAGCGAUGUGGCCCAAUUUAGAUACUUUAUACUGUCCACUUCUAUCAUCCUCACUACAUUGUCCUUCUCAGUCAGCGGGCAAGAAUCAGGCAGCCUGAUAAAACCUCUAAUAAACCUAUACUUACUCCUCUUGAAAAAGCUCAUAUAGCCCCAAAGUAAAGCAAAACUAGCUUUUUUCCCCUUGACUUUGUCUUUCACAUCAACUUCCAGCUGUUCCGCUGUUAUUCUGAUGUGUGCCGAGCUUGUGGUAACGGUAUUCACCUUAAUAUAAUCCGCACUGUUAUUUAUGUUUUGUGGUUGUUUCGAGGCAGCGUUGCUCUUUUCAAGUGUUGUUUCAUUGAUGUUUUUCUGAAUGUGUGGCUGAUGUCAGGUGACCCACAGAUGAGGGAAAGCUGCGGCUGGAGCUGAACGCUCAGACGUGUUGCUUUGAGUCCACAAUAUCUUACAAUAGUGAUUUGUUUUAGUUUUUGUGCUUUAUCCAGAGUUAAGAUGUUUGUAUAAAGGAAGGACUUCAGUGGGAUUUGAAAUAAAGCAGUGUAUUUUUGUAUAGCUAGUGUGUAUAAAAUCUCUAUUUUCAGUACAGAAACUUUUUUUUCUAAUCAAUCAGCUUUAAGUCAUAUCAGACGUAUGAAUCAUCUGAACUACGUCAGUUGUUUCAAUCUUGCGGUUGUCCCUCUGAUUUGAGCGUUAUUUCAAAUCCUAUCAUUCAUAUUCUGUACUUUUAAAUGUCAUUUUGUCAGCCACAUGUUUUCCUACAUGUGUUCACCUUUAAAGUAAUUUUGUGCUUUUGACCCAUGCCCCCUUCAUAGGUCAGAAGUCAAGGAGAGCUAAGGAUCAGUUGGCCUAGAGCUGCUAGGGGUUCACUUUAGCAGCAGUGCUGUUGGGAAGGAAAGGCAGUGGAAAGUUGAAUUCAUCCAGCCAGUUGCAUCGUAAUGGGCAAACGGUCAACACUUGAGUGUUUGAUCAGUGUGUGAGUACUGCGUGUUUGUUUUUGUCAAAAGUUAUGUUCCCCCUGCUGGGAAUCUGAAAGGCUAGCCUGACUGGCUGGAUGGUUGAGCCAAAACCAGUACAGGUGCUUCUGAGCUCAGAUAUGCUGCCUCCUGAUAUCGUCAUAUUCAAUUUUGGAUGCAGAUUGUUUUACUAAAUUUCAUUUCCAGCGUUUAGUAAUUCGGUGUGCUUGAGGAGGGUAGCACAUGCUAAAAUGAAAGGGACAGUGUAAACAAAAACACAGGGAACCCACUGGAUUCUCAGCCGAACCAGAAAAAUAGUUUUGAGGGGUCACCUGAAGUAAUAUUACUCCUGAAAGGGAAGAAAAUUGCCGUCUUUUUUUAGUUUGAUAGAUGCCGAAGAUCAGAUGCUGAGUUGACAAAAAGAGGAUAGUGGAAAGCCUCACCAAACCGUCAUACUUGUUUUAAUCUGACUUGCUUCUUGUAUUUCUUUGCUAACAUCUCAGGCUUUUUUUUUUUUUACUACAAAUGACGUACUACUUUAGGGUGAGUACAUAAGCUCAACUGAUGAAUAAUAUUAGUUUCUGGUAUAUAACGUAUGAAUGGAUCCAGAAAAAAAAAAAAUCCAGCCACAACAGUAAGUCAGACAUCACUUUUAAAGGGCUAAUUUCUCUUUUUGUCUGUUAUGUUUGUAUAAAGGUGUUAAUAUUAAAUGAAGCGUCUUACAUGUGAGUGCAGAGAAUCAUCAUCAGUCUUUGUAUCAGAGUACAGUCUGGAUUGACGCAUUGUAAGUUGCAUCAGUGGAACUCGGCCUUUGCUUCAUGUGACAAACUUUUUGGGUCCUCAUUUAUAAAAGAAUCUUAACACAUUUGACUUAUAUUUCUAAACAGUUUUCUCAUCUCAGUGUUGCCCCAUUAACAACCGCUGAAGCUAAUCAUAUCAUUCACAGUUGAACUACGGGAGCAUGAGAGUAAUGGUGUCAGCAGGUCGCCGGUUUGUAUCUUCACUGAGGGCUUCAUGUUGAGUCCAGUAGCCGUCAGGACACUUCUAGAUUUAGGGUGAAGGUGUCUGAAACACAUUGCUGCAAAAAUCACUUCAAGACAUUAGUUGUGAUUUGCGUUUUCAACCCUCCUGAAUGUAUGAUUGAAGGGAAAAGGCCCCGAGCAUUUGCACUAAACAAGAGUAGCCCAUUGUUUUUUGUUUCUGUAUGUCGUCACCAGAUUUCUAUGGUAUUUGAAGUAUCUAGGAGUUUGAGUUUUCUUGUAUUUCAAAGGUUAAUAAAAAAAACACUCUAUAGCAAUAUUGCUGACUAUCAAGUAUCCAAAAAGUUUAGGCAAAGAAAAAAAAAAAAAAAGAUAGAGUGGAGGUCUGGAGAAGUGCAUUUAAGAAGUCUGUCUGUUUUGUUAAGAGGUGGUGUUGAAACACAGUAACACUCCACCCCACUGUAUGGGUUCGGUGCAUGUUUGUCCCUCUCAACGUUUCCAUUUUAACUCGUCCUGGACGGAUGUAUAAAUGCCAGCGGUUUCUUCAGAGCUUUACGAUAAUGUAUUUAUAUCAUGUUUAAACUGGUGUUUGGCUGUACUUUGAGUGAAACAUAAAGAGAACUUUGUCUGAA